AUGUGGUUCCUGUGGCUCAGCUGGGCACUCUGGGUACUGCCUUUGGCUGGCCCUGGGGCAGCGGUGACUGAGGAGCAGGUCCUGAGCAGUCUACUGCGGCAGCUGCAGCUCAGCCAGGCCCCUAUCCUGGACAGAGUGGAUGUGGAGGAAAUGGCCAUCCCUCCCCAUGUGAGGUCCCAGUAUGUGACCCUGCUGCAGGGAAGUCAUGCUGACCGUUCCCGAGGCAAGAGGUUCAGCCAGAACUUUCGAGAGGUGGCAGGCAGGUUCCUGGUGUCAGAGACCUCCACUCACCUGCUAGUGUUCGGCAUGGAGCAGCGACUGCCGCCUAACAGCGAGCUGGUGCAGGCCGUGCUGCGGCUGUUCCAGCAGCCUGUACCCAGAACAGCUCUCCGGAGGUAUGAGAGGCUGUCUCCACACAGUGCCCGGGCUCGGGUCACCAUUGAAUGGCUGAGAGUCCGUGAGGAUGGCUCCAACCGCACUGCCCUCAUCGACUCCAGGCUCGUGUCCAUCCACGAGAGCGGCUGGAAGGCCUUCGACGUGACCGAGGCCGUGAACUUCUGGCAGCAGCUGAGCCGGCCGAGGCAGCCGCUGCUGCUCCAGGUGUCGGUGCAGAGGGAGCAUCUGGGCCCGGGGACCUGGAGUGCACACAAGUUGGUUCGGUUCGCGGCGCAGGGGACACCAGAUGGCAAGGAGCAGGGAGAACCACAGCUGGAGCUGCACACGCUGGACCUCAAGGACUACGGAGCUCAAGGCAAUUGCGACCCCGAAGCACCAGUGACUGAAGGCACCAGAUGCUGUCGCCAGGAGAUGUACCUGGACCUGCAAGGAAUGAAGUGGGCUGAGAACUGGAUCCUAGAACCGCCAGGGUUCCUGACUUACGAAUGUGUGGGCAGCUGCCUGCAGCCACCAGAGUCUCUGACCAUCGGGUGGCCAUUUCUGGGGCCUCGGCAGUGUGUUGCCUCAGAGAUGACCUCCCUGCCCAUGAUUGUCAACAUGAAGGAGGGAGGCAGGACCAGGCCUCAAGUGGUCAGCCUGCCCAACAUGAGGGUGCAGACGUGUAGCUGUGCCUCAGAUGGGGCGCUCAUACCCAGGGGGAUAGAUUUGUAGUCUCUAUGUCCACAGUUUUAUUCUCAGUGAGCUAGCUACCUUGUCCGAACCUAGUGCCCACAUUUUACCUUUGCCCUCCAGGCUCUCCUGACUUGGUUUCCUUGUCCAUCACAGCUUAAGCACUUACAUGAGUAAAUCAUGUCACUCCAGUAGGACACCCCAACCCCCUUAGCAGAGGACAUGGCUAUGCAAUGAGCAAGUUCCCAGCUGAGUCUGUUUUCUGGCCAAUUCUCAACUAAGUGUGCCACAAAACCCUAUGGUGAGACCAGGGGAAUCAAAAGCCAAUCUACUCUCACACAGUGAUUGCUGGGGGGUGGGGGGGGGAUAGCAUGCCAUCACAGGGACUGCCCACAGCAGGCUGGGAUGCAGAUGUCUCAGAAGCCUGAGGCAGCUCCUUGUUAAAAAAACAAAAACAAAAACAAAACAAAAAAAAACAGUUGUGCCCAUUUCUCCUAACC